UGAAAGCCGGCGCAGUCCCGUUACAGGAGGUCCUAUAUAGAUAUUGAUCCGGGCGCUGCCUAGUCUCCCGAGACAAAAAGCAAAUGGAAAACAUCAAUCUGUAGCGUCUGCUGAGAAUGUGUUGCUGAGAACUGUCGCCUAUCUUUGUGCAAAACCGGAAAGCUACAAAUAUAAGUUAUGCUGUGACUGGGAAAUGUUCCUUUAUGGUGCCGACAUAUUAUUGGAAAUGUGUGCGUUGUGUAACGCAACUAUUUGUCUUCCGAAGGAGUUUACUUGGCACAUUUGAUGUGCCACCCUACAAUUACUUGGACUACCUCGUCCCAUAAAAUGAACCUUUACGCGCUGCUUGUGGUCGGAUUAAUACUUCCCAGCAUAUCCUCAGCGCUCCCUGUUCUGACUGUGGACCACUAUUCCCGUGGAGUGGACUGGUUGAGCCGCUAUGGCUACUUGCCUCCUGCAGAUGUACGGACGGGGAGACUUCACACCAAGGAGACCAUUGAAAGAGCUCUGCGAGAGAUGCAGCGCUUUGCUGGGCUGGAGGAAACAGGAACUCUUGACAGGGCCACAUCAGCUCUCAUGGACAAACCUCGCUGUUCUUUACCAGACAUCAUUGGCACUGAAGACCUGCUACGAAGGAGGAAAAGAAAGAGGAAGAAGAGAUAUAGUCUGACAGGUCUUAGAUGGUAUAAAACAGACAUCACAUGGAGCGUGUUGAGCUUCCCGUCGCCCUCUCGCUCACCCUGGCUGCGCCCAGAGCUGGUGGAGAUGCUCCUGACCUAUGCCCUGCGCGCCUGGGGUGAGCACACCCCCCUGCGCUUCCACCUGGUGCACCCUAAACCAGGAGAACUACGGCAGAACGUGGACAUAGAGGUGUCCUUCCCACGUGGCUACCAUGACGACGGAUAUCCCUUCGAUGGCCGAGGGGGGACGCUGGCCCAUGCAUUCUUUCCUGGGACAGGGGACAUGGCGGGGAACACCCACUUUGAUGAUGGGGAACACUGGAGCUAUGGAGACGUGAAUGGAACCACAGACCUGUUUGCAGUGGCCGUCCAUGAGUUUGGCCACGCUUUGGGUCUCUCCCACUCCUCCUCUGUCCCAUCCAUCAUGAGGCCCUACUAUCAGGGCUCAGUAGGAGACUUCCGUAGCUACACACUGCCCAGUGAUGACAAGCUGGGGAUACAGACACUCUAUGGGAAAGGUGUUCGGACACAGCCACCUGUGAUGCCAGAGAUGCCAUCCAUUCCCAUACCUGCGAGACCAACUGAUCAUCCAAUGCCUGCCCUUCCUGAUCGUUGUGAAGGAGGUUAUGAUGCCAUAGCCAAUAUCAGAGGAGAGGUCUUCUUUUUCAGGGGUAAAUACUUCUGGCGGGUCCAGCACUCAGGCUCCCUGUUGUCCUUCAUCCCUGCUUUGAUUAAGAACUUCUGGAUUGGUCUUCCUCCCACCUUGGAGAGAAUAGAUGCCGUCUAUGAGAGGGCCAAUGGAAACAUUGUUUUUUUCAGCGGCGAUCAGUACUGGGUGUUUAAGGACAGGACAGCGCUCCCUGACUACCCCCGUCCACUGGCGGACUGGGGCAUGCGGACACUGGCAGGACACGUGCCGACCAAACUGGAGGCGUCAUUUGUGUGGGCUCAUAAUGGGAAAACGUACCUAUUCAGCGGUGGAGAGUUCUGGAGGUUUGACGAGAGAGGUGCAGGCAUGAGACAGGAGGUGGGCUAUCCGAAAUCAGCCACGCUUUGGAAUGGGGUGCCUGCACAUCCAGAUGACAUCAUAAGCUGGGGAGACGGAGACACGUAUUUCUUCAAGGGCUCUUCCUACUGGGUGCUUGGACGAGGAGGACUGAAUGAAGGACCCAUCAAGGCAAAAUCCACUACAGUUGACUGGAUGAAAUGUGACCCUCCAGGUGUAGAGCCCACGCCCACAACCAAGGUGCCUACAUCCUGCUGCUGCUCUAGAGGCCUGGCUCUCACCUCCACGGCCCUGCCCUGGAUCACCACACUGGCCCUGGCUGUAAUCUGCCAAAUUUUACUAUUUUGAUUUUCAGUGUUUAAAGAUGUAUUUUGUAUGAUUUUAUACUGAGUUGUACAUCUAAAUGUUUAGUUUUUUGGAGACAUUGUUUUAAAAGUGCUGCAGCUUGGGAAUGCAUUGCCAUUUUAUUGUUGUAAAUAUGGAAUUACCCUGACUACUCUGAUGUUUUAACAAAGACAGUAUCUUAACACAACACUAAUUCCAAUGGCACUUCUGUGUCCUAUGCAAAUAAAGUGCUUCUUUUUUCUGAAUGGAAA